CACAGGAAACAUUCCAACACACAUUCCUCAUUCUCAGUUUCUCCUUCACAAAGUUCACCGCCCCUCUGACCUACUCAAAAAGCUUCCAACACACCCUUUUCUGUUUCUCACUCUUCGUCUUCAAUUUCGUUACCUCUCUCUCUCUCGAGCUCCAGAAAAACCCCCAACUUCUCCACAACCUCCGCAAGUUUUAAAUUCUCAAAAUCUUUUUGGUGUAAAACCGCGUCUUCAGCUAUCGAGUUCGGGUGGAUAGAAAGAUGUCUGAGAAAUUCUCUCCGACGCUUCGGAUUGGAGAUCUAAGCGAUUUCAUAGCGCCGUCUCAGGCUUGUAUAGUCUCUCUUAAGGGACUCAAAUCUUCCUCCUCCAAUCCUUCAGCUAAUAAACCUGAGGUUUCGACUUCUAACCAGCAAUUGAAAACAGAACCGGUAAAGAUUUCGCUCAAGGAUUGCUUAGCAUGCAGUGGGUGUGUCACAUCAGCAGAGACCAUUAUGCUGGAAAAGCAAAGUUUGGAUGAGUUUCUUUCUAAUGUCAAUAAAGGGAAGCCAGUAAUCGUCUCCCUCUCUCCGCAGUCAAGAGCUUCACUUGCAGUUCAUUUUGGCAUUUCACCACUUCAGGUUUUUAAGAAACUCACAACACUUUUUAAGUCCUUGGGCGUAAAGGCUGUAUUUGAUACAAGUUGCAGCAGAGAUUUAGCCCUAAUCGAAACUUGUAACGAAUUCAUUGCAUGGUACAAAAAAAGCCAAAUGAAUGAUGAUGAAAGAUGUAAUACCUCCCUACCCAUGCUUUCAUCUGCAUGUCCAGGUUGGAUAUGCUAUGCUGAAAAACAAUUGGGUUCCUAUAUUCUGCCCUAUAUAUCUUCAGUUAAGAGUCCCCAGCAAACUAUUGGGGCUAUUGUGAAAAAUCUGAUAUGCCAACAAAUGGAUCUCAGGCCAGAUGAAGUUUACCAUGUGACUGUAAUGCCUUGUUAUGAUAAAAAGCUUGAGGCUUCCAGAGAUGACUUUGUUUUUCAAGUUGAGUCUGAGGCCAAAGCUAGUGAGAAUGAAGGUAUUAAGAUUACAGAGGUAGAUUCAGUGUUGACUUCUGGGGAAGUUUUGGAGUUGAUACAGUUAAAAGGAGUGGACUUCAAAGCCUUAGAAGAGUCUCCUCUGGAUAGGAUGCUGACGAAUGUUACUGAAGAAGGGGAACUUUAUGGAGUAUGUGGCAGCUCGGGAGGUUAUGCAGAAACUGUUUUUAGAUAUGCUGCUAAACUUCUAUUUGGAAAAGAAAUCAAAGGCCCUCUGGAUUUUAGAACUAUUAGAAAUUCAGAUUUCCGGGAAGUAACUUUGGAAGUGGAAGGGAAAACAGUGUUGAAAUUUGCAUUAUGUUAUGGUUUCCGGAAUCUGCAAAACAUUGUGAGGAAGAUUAAAAUUGGAAAAUGUGAUUAUCAUUUCCUGGAGAUUAUGGCAUGUCCUUCAGGUUGCUUGAAUGGUGGAGGACAAAUUAAGCCAAAGCCUGGGCAAUCCGCGAAGGAUCUGAUUCAGUUGUUAGAAACUGUCUAUAUGGAAAAUGUUCUGGUGGCUGAUCCUUUUUCAAAUCCCUUCGUCAAAAGAUUAUAUGAUGAGUGGCUUGAGCAACCUGGUUCAGAGAAGGCUAAGAGACACAUGCACACAGAAUACCACCCUGUGGUAAAAAGCAUCACAGCGCAGUUGCACAAUUGGUAACAAUUUUGAGCUGCAUUCCGGAGGAGGUGGCAACCUGGGGGAAAAAGUCUCUCCUUUGACCAAAAACGGCACAAAACCCUGUGGCCAAUCACUUGUUCAUGUGGUUGCUCUUGUGGAGUCCAAUUUUGAUAGAGUAAUCAGAUAACUUUAUUCACUUUUUUGACGUUAUGUAAAUAUUUCAACUCUGUUAGAUGUAAGGGAGGAAAAAAAAAAAAAAAAAAAGAAAAAGAAAAAAAGCAAUCACACGUAGAUUUUAGCUACCAUCUUUUUAUUUUUAUUUUUAUUUUUCCUAAUGAUUUCCUUUUCUCUUUUUGAAAGAAAUUGUUUGUCGUUUACCACAUGAGAGGUUCUGAGUCAGGGUUACCUGCAUUCGUUUACUUUUAUUCAUGUCUCUGUACGAUUGAAGAAGUUGGGGGAGCGAGGAGGCAUUUGCUCUUGGAAAGAGGAAGAAACAGUAGCCUUAUACUUGUCCAUUAUGAUGUAAUAUUGUUAUUAUUAUUAAUUUCCUUUGUUGAGGUGAAAUUACAGAAAUUGUAGAGAGGCUGUGCCUCUCAUAUGCCUAGUUAUUAUUUAUGCAUUUGUUCAUUUGUUCAUGCAAGGGGUCGUUUGAGAUCUUUA